AUGUAUAGUAAAAUAAAUAUUCUGCUCAAUGAAAGACUUUCAGAUCUUGCGCCAUCCCUUCCGUUACAAGAAGAUUUUGUUUACCACUGGAAAGCAAUUACUCAUUAUUACAUAGAGACCUCCGAUGACAAAGCUCCUGUGACUGAUACCAACAUUCCUUCUCACCUGGAGCAGAUGUUGGAUAUUCUAGUUCAAGAAGAAAAUGAGAGGGAAUCGGGAGAGACAGGGCCUUGUAUGGAAUAUUUGCUUCAUCACAAGAUCUUGGAGACAUUGUACACACUAGGGAAAGCUGAUUGUCCUCCAGGAAUGAAACAGCAAGUUUUGGCUUUCUAUACCAAACUUCUAGGAAGAAUACGACAACCUCUUCUCCCACAUAUAAAUGUAUAUAAACCAGUGCAGAAAUUAAUCAGACUUUGUGGUGAAGUUCUAACAGCACCAACAGAAAAUGAAGAAAUUCAGUUUCUCUGCAUAGUAUGUGCAAAGCUGAAACAGGAUCCAUACCUGGUCAACUUCUUUCUUGAGAACAAGUUAAAAGUAUUGGCUUCCAAAGGAUCAGCAAGUGUAAUCACAGAAGACAUGCUAAAAGGCCAAGAUUCGUUGAUGACAGACACAGGACAGUCCAUUCAACCUGAAGAAAUAUCUAAUGCUGCUGGAGCGGAGCACAUAGAGAAGGAAGAUGAUCUAUCCACGAGUCUAGAUGAACUAAAUGUCACUUCAUCACCUGAGGCCUCAGCUGUUCGUCUAAACCAAGACUAUAAUUUAGUGAAUUCUUUGCUAAAUCUCACAAAAAGCCCAGAUGGUCGAGUAGCAGUAAAGGCAUGUGAAGGCCUCAUGCUCUUAGUAAGUUUGCCAGAGCCAGCAGCAGCCAAGUGCUUGACUCAGAGCACUUGCUUAUGUGAAUUGCUGACGGACAGGCUCACCACACUCUACAAAGCCCUGCCUCCAUCCGUGGAUCCAUUAGAUAUUGAAUCGGUUGAGGCAAUUAACUGGGGUUUGGAUUCAUAUAGCCACAAAGAAGAUGCAUCUGCUUUUCCAGGGAAAAGAGCCUUGAUUUCAUUUCUCUCCUGGUUUGACUACUGUGAUCAACUCAUUAAAGAAGCACAAAAGACUACUGCUGUUGCUAUGGCAAGAUCUGUACGGGAACGAUUUUUUGUUGGUGUCAUGGAACCCCAGCUGAUGCAAACUUCAGAGAUUGGGAUCCUUACAUCAACUGCACUGUUGCAUCGUAUUGUCCGUCAAGUCACUUCAGAUGUGUUGCUGCAAGAAAUGGUUGGCUUUAUACUUGGAGGACACAGAGAGCCAGAAACCCUGACAGACAUCAACAGACAUCCAUUGCGACACAGGUUAAUCGAGCACUGUGAUCAUAUUUCUGAUGAGAUCAGCAUAAUGACUUUAAGAAUGUUUGAGCAUCUUUUACAAAAACCCAAUGAGCACAUUCUUUACAACUUGGUUCUAAGAAAUUUAGAAGAAAGAAACUACACAGAAUAUAAACCACCCUGUCAGGAAGAUAAAGAUGUGGUAGAGAAUGGACAGAUAGCAGGAGCAGUAGACCUGGAAGAAGAUCCGUUGUUUGCUGAUCUUUCUCCGGAUAACACAUUGUCGAAUCAAGAGUGGCUAAGUGCUUCUCCUCCCAUCAGCCCAGAACAUCCAAAAAACGAUGGGAAGACUGAAGUUCAUAAAAUUGUAAAUAGCUUUCUCUGUCUAGUACCUGAAGAAGCCAAAUCAUCAUACCAUGUAGAGGGCACAGGUUAUGAUACCUAUCUCAGAGAUGCCCACAGACAAUUCCGGGAUUAUUGUGCAAUCUGCUUACGAUGGGAAUGGCCGGGGUCUCCCAAAUCUUUGGAAAAGUGCAAUUUAGAAGCAUCGUUUUUUGAAGGACAUUUCUUGAAAAUUCUGUUUGACAGAAUGGGCAGGAUUCUCGAUCAGCCAUACGAUGUAAAUUUACAAGUUACAUCAGUGUUGUCCAAACUCUCCCUGUUUCCCCAUCCACACAUCCACGAAUACCUUUUGGAUCCCUAUGUAAAUCUGGCUUCAGGCUGUCGAUCUCUCUUUUCCGUUAUUGUCAGGGUUGUUGGAGAUCUUAUGGUGAGAAUACAGCGCAUACCGGAUUUCACUCCCAAACUUCUGCUGGUCAGAAAGCGUCUGCUUGGAUUGGAGCCUGAAGGGCCCAUUAUUGACCACAUGACGUUGCUGGAGGGCGUGAUUGUACUGGAAGAGUUCUGUAAAGAGCUAGCAGCGAUUGCAUUUGUGAAAUACCAUGCCUCAUCUACACCCUAA